AUGCCAAAUGGUAAUCAUCGAUUGCCUGUACCUGGCGACGCUGGGACCGAAGGCUACGUGGCCACGAAGCAAGAAAGCAGUCCGUCUGAGCCCGCUGAGUCCCAUCCCGUUACCGAGUCCUCUCCCGAACCCGAUGCUGCGGACGAGUCGUAUGAGGUCGCGUCUCAUUCCGAUGGAGAAGAUGGAGAUGCCGUGGGUGAGAACAGUGGCGACGAGAGCAAUGUGUCCGGCCCUGAAGAUUUUUCAUCGUCCUACCCCGACCACGGCAUGAAGCGCAAAUCGUCGCCGCUGGAUGAAACCGAGUUCAUGAGACAGAACCCUGAUUUGUAUGGGCUACGACGCAGCGGUCGAGCGCGCCCAACGCGCCGCCUCGCCGACUCCUCCGAUUCAGAGUCCGACGUUGUUGCACCGCGUUCCAAGCGUCGGCGCAAAGAACCAUCACAGCAACCCUCCAAGGCCUCGCGGUCGGGUACUGUGACGUCGCUUUCUGAAUCCGAUAGUGAUGAAUAUGGCGGGAAAAGCGCUCGUGCUAGCAAGGCGAGGCGGCGCCGCCUUGAGCAAGCUGCAGGCUUGGAGCCCUCGUUUAGCGAGGUUCGCUUCUCUACCAGAAACGCUUCCAAGGUCCCAACCUACAACGAGGAUGAUGAUGACUCAAUGUUCGAGGAUGAAGCGGAAGAUCUUGGACAAAACUACUGGGUGGACAAUCCAGUUGAGGAUAACCGCCCUGCUGUCGACGUCGUUCUCAACCAUCGCCUCAGGGAAGGCGUGGACCCCGAAAACCCUGAUGUCGAUCGGCACGACUUUGAGUUUUACAUAAAGUGGCAAGACAAAUCACAUUAUCAUGCAACAUGGGAGUCGAAUGAUUACCUUGUCAACUAUCGCAGCACGCGUCGCGUUGACAAUUAUGUCCGAAAGGUGCUCAAUGAGGACAUCCGCCUGCAGCAUGAUCCAGAUGUUCCUCCUGAAGACCGGGAAAAGUGGAACCUUGAUCGCGAACGAGAUGUCGAGGCAAUCGAAGACUACAAAAAUGUCGAGCGUGUCAUUGGUGUACGUGAAGGCGAAGAUGGCACGACUGAAUACCUCGUCAAAUGGAAACGCCUAUUUUACGAUUCGUGCACAUGGGAGCCGGAGGAGUUGGUCAGCGAUAUUGCACAGUGUGAGAUUGACCGAUUUUUGGAUCGCUCCGCUCGCCAUCCUGUCUCUGAUAAAAUGGAAACGAAUCUGGCCACACGCAAGUCAUUUGAACCCAUUCAUAACUCGCCCAGCUUCCUGCAGAACGGGGAGCUCAAGGACUUCCAGGUCAAAGGCCUCAACUUUUUGGCUUUCAAUUGGGUGAGAGAUCGCAAUGUGGUCCUGGCAGACGAAAUGGGAUUAGGGAAAACGGUGCAGACUGUUUCGUUCAUAAAUUGGCUUCGUCAUGUCCGACGGCAACAAGGACCAUUCAUUGUCAUCGUUCCCUUAUCAACCAUGCCAGCAUGGGCUGAGACAUUUGACACAUGGACGCCGGAUCUGAAUUACGUGGUCUACAACGGCAGCGAAAGGGCACGCGCUGUCCUUCGUGACUACGAGUUGAUGGUGGAUGGGAACCCCAAGCGACCAAAAUUCCAUGUCUUAUUGACGACCUAUGAGUAUGCCAUGAAUGACUCGCCGUUUCUCGGCCAGUUUAAAUGGCAGUUCAUGGCAGUUGACGAAGCUCAUCGACUAAAAAAUCGCGACUCUCAGCUGUACGUCAAGUUGGUGGAAUGGAAAUGUCAAGCUCGUCUCUUGAUCACCGGCACUCCGAUUCAGAACAAUCUUGCGGAGUUAUCAUCGUUGAUGGACUUCCUCAAUCCCGGCCUGAUUGAGGUUGAUGUUGACAUGGAUCUCAAUGCUGAGGCGGCGUCGCAGAAACUCGCCGAGCUGACUGAUGCCAUCCAACCCUUCAUGUUGCGACGGACUAAAUCGAAGGUCGAGUCUGAUCUUCCACCGAAGACUGAAAAGAUCAUUCGAGUCGAGCUCUCUGAUGUCCAGCUCGAGUACUACAAAAACAUUUUAACCAAGAAUUACGCUGCGCUGAACGAUGGCGCCAAGGGAAUGAAGCAGUCACUUCUGAAUAUCAUGAUGGAGUUGAAGAAAGCUAGCAACCAUCCCUUCAUGUUCCCCAAUGCAGAGGUCAAGAUACUGGAAGGAAGUACUCGCCGUGAAGACAUUCUUCGCUCCAUGAUCACCAGCAGCGGAAAGAUGAUGCUACUUGACCAGCUCCUUCGCAAAUUGAGAGGUGAUGGUCAUCGUGUUCUAAUAUUCUGCCAGAUGGUUGGCAUGCUCAACAUCCUAAGCGAAUACAUGGAAUACCGCGGGUACAAGUAUCAGCGGUUGGAUGGAACCAUUCCCUCUGCUUCUCGUCGCUUGGCUAUCGAACAUUACAAUGCCCCCGAAAGUACCGACUUUGCGUUCCUUCUUUCUACUCGAGCUGGUGGUCUCGGAAUCAACCUGAUGACUGCGGACACAGUAGUUUUGUUCGAUUCGGACUGGAAUCCUCAAGCCGACUUGCAGGCCAUGGCACGAGCUCAUCGAAUUGGACAAACAAGGCCUGUCAGCGUAUACCGCCUUGUCUCGAAAGACACAAUUGAAGAAGAAGUCAUCGAAAGAGCUCGUAAUAAGCUUCUUCUUGAAUUCAUUACCAUCCAGCGCGGUGUCACCGACAAAGAAGCAUCGGAAAUGCAAAACAAGAUGGCUCGAGUGGUUAAUGAACCCAACUCUACCGAUGACAUUUCGCGGAUCCUCAAGCGCCGUGGCCAGAAGAUGUUCGAGCAGACCGACAACCAGAAGAAGCUUGAGCAACUUGAUAUCGAUUCUGUCCUUGCGAAUGCCGAGUUACAUCACACAGAAGAGACAGAACAGAUCCAAGCUGACGGUGGCGAGGAGUUUUUGAAGGCGUUCGACUUUGUUGACAUCAAGGUUGAUGAUCUCAGCUGGGACGACAUCAUCCCCAAGGACCAACUCGAGGAGCUCAAAGCAGAGGAGAAGCGUAAAGCGGAUGAUGUCUAUCUCGCCGAAGUCAUUGAACAGAAUCGACCUCGCAAACGCCAGGCGCCUUCAGACUCGAUUGAUGCACGAGAGGAGCGAAAGGCAAAGCGCCAAGCGAGAACCCAAGUCGCCAUUGAGGAUGGCGAGGACUUGGACAAUGGAUCGUUGGACCCGAAACGUCCACUCAGCGAAAAAGAAUACCGCUCACUUUCUCGGGCGUUCCUUCGAUUCGGCGAUAUGACCGACUGUGAAGACCUCAUUCUGGAAGAUGCCAGACUACUAAAGCGUGACCGGGAAACUGUCCGGGUGGCUCUUAGCGAGAUCACGGACAAGGCCGCUGCCCUCGUUGACGAAAAUGCCGCUCAACUGGAGAACCUCAAGCUAUCAGGCAAGAAUCUUACGAAAAAGGAGCAGAAAGCAGUCCUGUUCGACCAUCACGGUGUCAAGCGGCUUAAUGCAUUCACUAUCGUGGAACGUCCACCCGAUAUGCGCUUGGUCCGAAAGAUUACCAGUUCGGUGGCUGAUUUCAAAAACUUCCGUCUUCCGGAAGCUACCAAGCUGGCCGAUUACAGUUGUUCUUGGGGCGCUCGUGAAGAUGGAAUGCUUCUGGUUGGCAUCGCGCGUCAUGGGUUUGGUGCCUGGACGCAGAUUCGUGAUGACACAGACCUGGGCCUUGGUGAUAAAUUCUUUUUGGAGGAACACCGGGUGGAAAGAAAAACCCAGCGUGCUCAAACUGAACAGAAGGCCACCAAGUCUCCUGGCGCCGUUCAUCUUGUGCGACGGGCCGAAUAUCUUCUGUCAGUUCUGAGGAACAAGUUCAGCAAUGGUAGUAACGUAACUGCCAGAAAGGCCGUGGAGAACCACCAUCGCAACAACAAGCGAAAUUCACGAGUUUCCGCCGGCGGCAGCGUCUCUGCGUCCCCUGCACCCUCCGGCUCUCGCAAAGGGCACCGCGAGGUUGAUCGUGCCCGAGGGCGCUCACACACACACGGUAGUCGGGAUGGGGCCGAUCGCCACCACACCCCGAGUCAUGAUAAUCGACCGAAGUCCGGCCAUGAUCUGGAUCGUCCGCGUCACCGGCUGUCUGAUGCGUCCAACGAGGAACUCCGCCGUCGCAAAGGGCAUGAAAAUGGAGGGUCCAGCAAGGAGGACAUGGCUUUCAUGUUUUUCAAGCCGAUUGUGAUGAACCUAAAGGAGGUGUCGAUGAUCACGGCCAAAAACUAUCCAAACAAAGCUGAGCGAGCCCAGAAGCUCCGCAACACCCUUGUAAAAAUUGGCGAGUUCAUCCACCAUACACUGGAAGGCGAGCAUGCUAUGCCAUCGCUUGAAAGGCGCCUGUGGGAUUAUGUCUCUCUCAAUUACUGGCCUAACAAAGAUGCGAGUGGCUCCAAGCUUCAACAGAUGUAUGAGAAGGUCAUGGAAGCCAGCAAGGCUUCCAGGAAGGCUUCCAACGGCAAUUAA